UGCUCAUUUUUCAUUCAGUUGCAACAUUUAAUCACUGAGUUUCCAGCUCCGGUGAAGAAAGACAGAAAUAUGGAAGAAGAAAAAGCAGCAGCAUACUACGACGAGCUGACCCGAAAAGGCGAAGGAGCUGCCCGCUUCAAGCAAGGCCUCGGCUUCUCCUCCUCCGCCGCCGCCGACGUUCCCAAACCCGGCUCAGCCCUCCCUUCCUCCUCCUCCUUCCUCUCCCAGUUCGUCAAAGCCUCCUCCACCUCUAGCCCUCCCAACCCUCCCGAGCCCGACAAGAAAGCCCAGCUCCAAUCCAUUCAGAACAAGCUCAACAUAAAAUCCAGCUCCGAAUCUAGGGUUUCUUCUUCGAGUAAUAGCGACAGAACUAGAAGACGAAGUAGGAGCAGAAGCAGAAGCAGAAGCAGAGAGAGGUAUAGGAAUAGGGGUAAAGACUCGAGGUCGAGGAGGCGUAGCAGGAGUAGGAGUAGAGACAGAUCACACAGGCAUAGUGAUCGUGACAGAAGCAGAAGCGAUUCGGAUGGGGAAAGGGACAGGGAUAGGAGGCGUAGGGACAGAGAGAGAGGGAGACGGCGGAGUAGAAGCGUUUCGCCUCGCAGACAGCGUAGGUCGGAGAAGAAUGGUCGUGAGGAUAGAGGGAAAGGGAGGGAAAUGGCCAAGGAGAACACUGCUGGUGUUGUUGAUUAUGCGAAGCUGAUUCGAGGUUAUGACAAUAUGUCGGCAGCAGAAAGAGUUAAAGCCAAGAUGAAGCUUCAGCUUUCUGAAACUGCUGCAAAGGAUUCUGAAAAAGGUGCAGGCUGGGAGCGAUUUGAAUUCAACAAGGAUGCCCCUCUCGACGAUGAGGAAAUUGAAGUUGCUGAAGAUGAUGGGUCCUUAGUCAAACACAUUGGCCAGAGUUUCCGGUUUUCUGCAGUUGAGGCAAAAAGGGAGGAACGAAUUCAAGCUGCUCAUGAAGAAGCUAUGUUCGGUGCUUCAGCUCUUCCGCCUCCCAUCAAUACAGACAGCGAGCCUGAAAGGGAAGACGAGGAGGCUGAUAAAAAAGAACUGGUUACAAGCCUCUUAAGUGAAACAGUGCUGGCCAAACAAAAAGGAUCUUGGCGUGAUCGGGUUCGUCAAGCAUAGAAUUUCCACCCUGAAGUUGAUGCUGUUGAUAGAGAGAAACCAGUCAAUUGUCUCAUGGAAUUGGAGCAUAAGCUUUCAAUCUUGCAGCUGGAAUUACUGUGCCAUUUGCUUGGUUUCAAACUUUCUAUAUGGUCUGAGUGGGUUUUAACAUGGUAUACAACUUGUAUCUGGUUCCAAUGCAACUGCUGUUCUUUUUUUUGAUUAUAUAUGACGAGUGACGCAGGCUAUGGUGCUAGCAUGCUAAUGCUUAACCGGUAAUCAUUUCAAAAGGGGAAGCCGGAUAUAUAAACACCGUUUGUCUUGUAUAAUGUCAGCUUCUGAGUUAAAAUUAGAAGGAAAGCUUGCAGGUAGCAAAAUGUUCUAUACAUGUGUACAAACGCAUUGCCUCAAAUCUCUACCUUUUUUAUUGCAUUGAGUUAACCAGUCCCAAUUUUGACCA